AUGAGAACUCUGUUUAGUUGGAUUAGCAGAAUCCCAAACGAUUGGCUGAAACAUUUACCUGCUCCAGAGGUGUCAUGCUGGACGGUGGCUGGAGAAAGGCAGUCAACACGGCUGCGAUCGUUAUACCAUGAAGCUGUUCUGAGGCAAGACAUUGCAUUCUUUGACGUGGAGAUUACAACUGCAGAAGCAACUUCAAGAAUGUCCGCGGACACUGUACUCAUCCAAGACGCCCCCUGUGAGAAGGUAACAAUUCAUUAUUGCUUUGACAAAAGAAGCAAAAAGUGUUUGCAACUAUUCAAUAUCAAUAACAUCUCAAAAACCAUUGCUGGAGUGAACAUCAAAAGUCUGCAGCUCCAAUGGUUAAGAGGAAAGAUAAGUCUUGUCAGCCAAGAACCAUUGCUUUUUAUGACCUCCAUCAAGGAUAACAUAACCUAUGGUAAAGCGGAUGCUACAAUCGAAGAGAUCAAGAGAGCAGCUGAGCUUGCAAAUGCAGCAACCUUCAUUGAAAAGCUGCCUGAUGCAUACGAGACAAUGGUUGGUCAACGUGGUUCUCAGCUUUCUGGGGGGCAAAAGCAAAGGAUUGCCGUCGCAAGAGCAAUCCUCAAAAAUCCAAAAAUCCUUCUUUUGGACGAAGCUACAAGUGCUUUAGAUGUAGAGUCUGAAAGGGUAGUUCAAGAAGCACUAAAUAGGAUCAUGGUAGGGAGAACUACACUCAUUGUUGCCCACCGCCUGAGCACCAUCAGGAGUGCAGACUGCAUAGCAGUAGUUCAUCAAGGGAAAGUAGUUGAACGAGGUGUCCAUGACAAGCUGAUUAAGGAUCCUGAUGGAGCUUAUUCUCAGCUUAUUAGGUUACAACAGGCACAUGCUAAAGAAAGGCAUGAGGUUCCAAAUGCUGCUGUGUCAGGUUCAAUAUAUAAAAGUAGAAGUUUAUCUUUGGAACAAUCAAUGGACAGAGAUUCUCCCAGGAACAAAGGACAUCAUUCCUCCACAAAAUCCACUAGGCUGUCUGAAGAAUUGAACAAACAAGUUUCUAUAGACAGACAGGAACACCAGGAAUCUAGUGAUAGUAAGGCUCCUAAGAAAGCACCAAUUGGACGACUAUUCAAACUUAAUAAGCCAGAAGCACCAGUUCUCCUAUUAGCUGCUAUAGCUGCCUUUGUGCAUGGUCUUAUGUUCCCAUCGUUCAGUAUAAUGAUGUCUGGUGGUAUAAGAAGUUUCUACUAUCCACCACACCAACUUCGAAAAGAUUCUCGGUUUUGGGCACUGAUGUGCCUUCUGUUCGCAGUCAUUGCCCUGAUUUCAAUCCAACUGGAAUACUUUCUAUUUGGGGUCGCUGGUGGGAAACUUAUACUACGUGUCCGCUCUCUGUCUUUCCAGAGCAUAGUGCAUCAAGAAGUUGCUUGGUUUGAUGACCCUUCAAAUUCUAGUGGGGCACUUGGCGUGAGACUCUAUAUUGAUGAUUUGAACAUCCGACGCCUCGUCGGAAAUAACUUGGCCAUACUAGUGCAGUGUAUAGUAACACUAGUAGCUGGUUUUUCCAUAGCAUUUGCUUCUGACUGGAAACUCACGCUGAUCGUCAUAUGUGUGAUUCCUGUAAUGGGCUCACAAAAUUAUAUUCAAGUGAAAUUCUUGAAAGGGUUCAGUGAAGAUGCUAAGGUGAUGUAUGAAGAUGCAAGUCAAGUCGUAACUGAGGCAAUUAGUAGUAUUCGAACUGUAGCAUCUUUCUGUGCAGAGAAGAGGGUAAUUACAUCAUACAUCCAAAAAUGCCAAGCUUCAAUGAAACAGGGCAUUAGAAGUGGAAUGGUUGGAGGCCUUGGUUUCAGUUUCUCAAACUUAAUGAUGUAUCUCACAUAUGCUCUUUGUUUCUAUGUUGGUGCACUGUUCGUACAUGAAGGAAAAUCAACUUUUAAAGACGUUUUUAGGGUCUAUUUUGCUUUGAUUUUCACAGCUUUUGGAAUUUCUCAAACAAGUGAAAUGGCAACAGAUUCAACAAAAGCCCAGGAAUCCACAACUUCCAUACUAGCUAUUAUAGACAGGAGGUCUAAAAUCAACUCGACUAGUGAUGAAGGCGUAAUUCUAGAAAAAGUUGAUGGCAACAUAGAUUUCAGCCAUGUAAGCUUCAAAUACCCAUCCCGCCCAGACGUCCAAGUGCUCAGCGACUUUACUUUGGCCAUUCCAGCCAGAAAGACUGUUGCACUUGUUGGAGAGAGUGGUAGUGGUAAGUCAACAAUAAUUGCUUUGCUCGAGCGAUUCUAUGACCCAGAUUCUAGCACAAUCUCACCAGAUGGAACAGAACUUAAAAAACUAAAGCUGAGUUGGUUAAGAGACCAAAUGGGGUUACAUAUUGGAAAACAAGGAGAAGUAAGAGAGGCCGAGAUUGUUGCUGCUGCCAAGGCAGCUAAUGUUCAUGAGUUCAUAUCUAGCUUGCCUCAGGGAUAUAGCACUAUUGUUGGCGGGAGAGGAACACAGCUCUCUGGAGGGCAAAAACAAUGGGUUGCUAUUGCAAGGGCCAUCUUGAAGGACCCAAGAAUACUUCUACUCGAUGAGGCAACAAGUGCCCUGGAUGCUGAAGCUGAGCGUAUUGUUCAAGGUGCGUUAGACCAAGUGAUGGUCAGCAGGACCACCAUUGUUGUGGCGCACCGACUGUCCACAAUCAAAGGGGCAGAUAUGAUUGUAGUCAUCAAAGAUGGUAAAGUUGCUGAGAAGGGAAAGCAUGAAUACCUCGUGGGCAAGGGUGGAGUUUAUGCAUCGCUGGUAGAACUGCACUCUAAGUCAGCAUAA